AUGCCUGAAUCAAUAUAUUCUUACUUCAUUGAUGAGGUGGUGUCAGACUUUGAUUCAACUGGAAUCCAAUCUUUGAUCCAGCUAUUUGAGUCAGCACCUGCAUCCGACUCGUUGGUGACUGAAAGAGAAGAUUUAAUAAGUAACAUUUUCACUGAAUUGAUAUUUGUUUACGAGGAAGGGAAACUCUCUCUUGAUCAAGUUGCUGCAUUUCUUUCUGAGUCUAUUAAGGAUGAUAUCUCCGCAGAAAUAUUCUGUCAAGUGUUUGAUGUGUUUCCCUUAACCCCAACGCUAAACACGUUGAUUGUAGAGUUGUAUAUCAAAAAGUCAGUUAUAAAGACAAAGACAUUGGCGUCUUGCGUCAGUUCAGAAACCUUGCUGAAGUUGACUCCUGAUGUUGUCCCUACGUCUGCGGCAUUGACUAGGCAACUUAAUAUUCAUAAGCGUGACGAAUUCUAUACCCAGAAGAAGUUUAACUUACUCCAUGAGGUUUCGGAAGGCUACUCUAAAUUAAUUGUAGAAUUUUAUUCAAUAAUGAGAGGUCGUGAACCUCUGAAAUACCAAAUAGAUUAUGCCUUAAAUGUUGUCAGUCUGUUAAUUGGUCAUUAUAAUUUAGAUCCUAAUAGAGUGUUGGACCUUAUUAUUGAAAUAUUCACCAAUCAAAUUGUAUCGAAUUACGAGUUUAGUAUAGGAUUCUUGAAGAAAUCUCAAUGGUGGCCAGCUGUACAAGGCGAUUGUAACAACUCAGGAAUCAGUUCUUUAUCCAAGGGAGGUAAUGACACAGCUGCUAAACUUCUUGGUUUAAGAUACUUGAAGACUCCCGCAGAUAAGGAUUUGCCUGAAACCUUCAAAAUUCUCGUUGCUAUAUUAAUCAAAGAAGGAUUUAUAAGUUUCGGGUCCGUCUACAAGUAUAUUGCUGAUGAUCCAGAAGCAUUGGAGAAAGAGUUCAAGAAAGACUUGGAGGAUAAGGUUUUCAGGGCAUCUGCAAGCGCAUUGGCACUUGCCGCACCAUUAUUGGACGAAGACGACGAAAUGGAUAUUGACUCGAAUGACAAUGGUAUCACCGCUAAUGCUAAUGGUAGCAGUAAUAAGAGAAAUGGGAAUUCUAAAAGCAAUGAUUCGUCACUAUCAAAGUUAGAUCAGUUGACCCAAUCGUCACUGCUUUAUCAAUACCUUCGUAUUUUCCUUGGUAAUGGUCUUUAUUUCCCAUCCAUAUAUAUCUUAACUCAGCAUCCAUUUCUUGCACAGGUUGGGGAAAUUCCUGCUCUUAUGAAUAGAUUGACGGAUGCAAUUAUUAGUCCGCUUUAUCAGUCUCCAUUUACUGAAGAAGAUCUCACUUCAUUGCAAACUCCAAAAAAGUUGGCAUUUUCCAGAGGUCAAAACAAUAAUCUUCUGUAUGAAGAUUUUCCUGUAUCGCACUUACUUACUUUUAAACCAACUACAUUAAGCCAUAGUUUGAAGAAGUUCACUUAUUUUUAUUCAAAUUGGCUGCAAAACUUACCACAAGUAAAUCUGAUGGGAGAUUUGUGGCAUUUCUCCAAGGAGUUCCUUAAAUUCAGCCCAUUGAAUUUAGCUCAAGAUUUGCAGUUAUAUACAAAAUUGUGUGAUAUUAUUAUUAGAGAAAUGGAGGUCGUGGAUAACGAUUUCUUUGUAUACUUCAGGAACUUUUUAUUCCCUCCAAUACCUUUAAUUGAAGAGAAUGCAUUUGCAGUGGAUAAAGCUUACAUGAUUCUUUCCAAAUUCUCAAUUGAAGAACGCUUCAACUUGUACGGUGAAAUGUAUAACGUGCUGGCGAAGAACAAUUCUUACAUCAAAAUAGCUUAUGGAAAAGCCGAAAAAUCCACCAAGGAUGUACUUAAGAGACUCUCAAAAGAAAACGUUCGCCCUAUGAUGAGAAGGUUAGCAAAAAUUAGUUUCUCGAACCCAUUGCCCUGCUUUUUGACCAUUUUACAACAAAUUGAAAGCUACGAUAAUUUAAAUACCUUAGUUGUCGAAACAGCUAGGUACUUCAAUGACUAUGGAUGGGACAAUUUGACGUUGGCAUUGCUAAUGAGACUAACGGCAUCUGGAAGAUCAGUCAUUCAAGAAGAUGGAUUGAAUGAUCGUCAAUGGAUUCAAUCUUUAUCUUCAUUUAUUGGAAAAAUUUGCCAAAGGUAUCCCAAUUUUAUUAAUUUGAAAAUGAUCUUGACUUUCUUACUCAAAUCGUUCCAUCUGGGAGAAACAAUUGGAUUGAUUGUAUUAAAAGAUCUUUUAAUAUCUAUGGGCGGAAUCCAAUCAAUAAACAAUUUAACACUUCAUCAGAUUGACAUGAUUAAUUGUGGAGGUUCAUUACAAAAAUCAGUUUAUAGAACAAUUGGUGACGUAAGAUUUGAGAGAAUUAGAUCAGGAAAGCUUUUAGUGAAAUCAUUAAGUGAAUUGGGAUUAAUCAAUGAAUUAUUUGUGAUAUUAUGUCAAUUGGGAGAUAAAUUGAUCUUUAACGAGGAUUCUUCAAGACAUUUGAAGGUUUUAGCAAACAAAGAUGAUGAUUUGAAGAAUGUUUUGCACUUAUUUACUGAAUUAAUUGGAUUUUUUGGACAGGAUAUUGAAACUGAUUUGGUGAGCGUCGACGAAUUAUGCUCAAAAUAUGACCUUGAACCUGAGUGGGCAUUCGAGAUUUGGAGAAACGCUACGGCUGAUUUUGUUGAUGAGAAGAAUCCUCAAUUCAAUCCAUGCACAGCACUUACAUCCACACUUUAUGAGACUUUUUGGAAGCUUUCACUUUAUGAUAUCAACUACUCUGAGACUCUUUACUCAAGUGAACUUCAUAAGCUCAAAUCUAGUAUUUCGUCACUCAAAGAUUCGAUUUCCAUCAAUUCGAGAUCAAAGGAUGUCAGACAGAAACUGUUAAUUGACAAAUUAGGAAAGGAUCUUAUUCAAAAUGAAGCAUUCAUUUCCAAAAUCCCAAGCGACGAAGAAAAACACAAAAUUCACAAUGAAAAAAUUCAAGGUUUGUUAAAUUCUGAAAAGGAUGUUUGGUUUAAAAAGGGAGGACAAGAGUUAAUUGACCUUGUCCAAUACUGUAUUUUACCAAGAGCUAUACACUCAUCCUUUGAUGCAGCGUUUUGUGGUAAGUUUUUGUUUAAAAUUCAAAGUUUGAAUACGGAGAAUUUUUCACUUGACUUCGUUUUGAAUCAACUCUUUUUAAAUAAAAUUUUGUUUGGAACAUUAUUUACCUUGACUCCUACUGAAGCGGAGAACUUAGGAUUAUUCUACGCCAGUAUUUUUAAGAAAUUAAAUGAGAAAAAUGUCUGUGAUGCUAAAACCAUCUACUCUUAUCACCAAAGCAUUUUAAUUGAUUUGGAACAGUCGUUGGCAACAAAGGAGUAUAUGUCUCGAAGAAAUGCUAUAACAUUCCUCAAGAAUCUUUUAGGGGUUUAUCCAAUUAUUGAAGAUCAUUGUGAGAAGGUCUUAGAAUUAAUUUCCAACAUCUCCAAGAAUGACGAAAGAGGAGAUUUAAUUUUGUCUUCAAGUGCAUUAACUGGCCAUAUUAAAUCAAGAUCUAAAGAGUGGAUUCACUUGUGGGAUUUUGUAGAGUUGUCUGAUGAAGAAAAAGAAAAGCAUAUGAAAAAGAGAGAAGAGAUCAAGAAGAAAGAACAAGAAAAGAUAAAUAGAAUAAAAGCUGAACAAGAGUUGAAGAGGAAAAAAGAAGAGGAAGAAUUGAGGAUUAGAAGAGAGAAGUUACAAGAACAACAUAGAAAGGAGCAGGAAGCAAAUGCAGAAGCAAAUGCCAGUGCAAUAAAGGAAACGCAAAAAGUUCUUAGUUAUGAUGAUUCUUCUUCGUCUACUUCAAGAACUACCUCUAGUAGAGGUGGAGGAGGUGAUUCAAGAUCUAGAUACGAUUACUACUCUAAAUUUGGUGAAGUUCAGAAAGGAAUUUCCGCUGCCAAGAGUGAUAAUUCUACUGCAAAUGCUUCAACCUCGAAGGAGCCUUCUUCUCAUACAUCUAGUGGGAGCGUCCCAAACAAACCUAAACCAACACAAGCCAAAGAUUUCAUUAAAAAAGAGUCAGAUAAAUCUACAAAUCUGGUGGAUAUUAAGGACAAGAUAAAAGAGGCAAAAUUAGAAUACUUAAACAAAUCAAGGGGCGUAACUCCAUCGAAUGAGCAUGAUGGCAAAGCGUUACCUAAGGGCCCUUCAAGGCCAUCGGGGCCCUCAUCCAAAUCUGGUCAAAGUUCCCAUUCUUCAUCGCCUGCACCAAAUAGUAAGCAACUGGAAAAACCAAGUGCUUCUAAAAGAGCACCUUUACCACCUCAAGAAUCUGUUGCUAAGAAGGAUUCAUCUACUAGAUCCUACCAAACUAAACCAGGACAUGAUUCUGAGUAUAGGCUGGACUAUAGAUCCAAUGAUUACAAUAGGUACAAUCAAAGAACAUCGUAUAACAAUCCAUCAAAAGGUGUACCACCACCACCACCUGCUUCAACCAGACUGCUUCCAUCAGACAAAAAAUCUGGGACGCCGACAUCCACUACACCAAGCAAUAGAAGUGCUCUUCCCCCUCCACCUCCCCCACCUCCUAUAGCUUUAAAACAUGGUCAGCAACUGCAAUCCUCUAGACCUCAAGCUGCUCACCAAUCUCGAUCUAGUAGUUUCGAAAGUCGUGCUUCCAACCGUACUGCAACUUACGACAACCGUGCAAACCGUGGACAAACAUAUGAUAAUCGUCGUGAUGACCGUCGUGAUGACCGCCGUGAUGACCGUCGUGUUGAUCGCCGUGACGAUCAGUACGACAAUAAGCGAAAGUUCGAUUCUUAUCAAAAUGGCAGACCAGAAAAGAAGCAAAGAUAUUAG